AUGAAAUCAAAGUACAAAAGGAGAAGACAGUCAUCAGAUUUGGACAGUGAUGAUGGGGACAGAGAUAAAAAACAGAAGAAACAUUCUGAGGGCGAGAGCUGUCAGGAUAAGAAAGAACAUCGGCAUAUUAGAGGUGACAAUUUUAUGAGAAAUCAAGACAGAGAGUAUUCGCAUAGAAGGGAUCAAGGGCAACAUUCGCAUGCAGGCAAAUCGGGUAAAGAAUUCUCCCAUAGAAAGAGGGGAAGAGAUUCAGAAGAUGAUGUAAAAGAUCGGCGUCACAGACAUGAUGCUGAAAGUGACAGACCUAGAGACAUGAAAGAUCAUCAUCACAGACGAAUUUCUGAUGAAAAAGGAACACUGGACGUGAAAGAACUUCACCACAGAAGAGAUUCAGAAGGGUAUAAAAGUCAUGAAAAGAAAGAAUAUCACCAAAGAAGAGACUCUGGAGAAUAUGGAGGUCCACGCAGAUGGGAAAACGAGAAAUAUGAGGAUGUUAGAAAGAGAAACAAACAUGAAACUGACAGAUAUACUCAUCAUGAUAGACACAGUAAACAUCAUAGAUAA